UCUUCCCCUGGUCUCGUCUCGCUUGGCUCGGACUCUCCGGGCUCUUCUUCGGGAGUGCGCUCGUCCUGGCCCGAGAGCGAGUUUCGGCCCUGCCGCUGCUGCACUCCCUCGGCAGCCCUGGAGCCCCACGCGCUGCAGAGAUCCUCCGGAGGGGAGCCCGGGACCCCGGGCCUCCGGAGGGCACGACUGGGACUCCCCAAACGCCAUUCGGCAGCUUUCCGAUCCCCUGUGCUCACUCCCAAAUCUGACCAGGCUGAUGAUACCAGUGAGGAUUCCUUGCGGCUUGAAAUCCAGGAGCUAAAGCAAAAGAGGGAUGCUUUGGAUCAGGAGAUCUCCCAACUGAUGGCUGAAGGCUACGUUGUGUCUGAGUUGGAGGACCACAUUUCCCUGCUCCAUGAGUACAAUGACAUUAAAGAUGUGGGCCAGAUGUUAAUGGGAAAAUUAGCCAGUAUCAGAGGUGUCACCACCAAGGAGCUAUAUCCUGAAUUUGAUCUGGACAUGAAUGACUAAGUAAAAAGAUGUAUUCCCCUGCAUCCUCCUUAGCCAGCUGUAGGCGAAAAAUCCCAAGGAGAGCACAAAGAGGAAACCUACAAGAUUUCUAAGAGAGGUCAUCGUGGCAGACAAAAGUAUUCAUAAGUUCUUUGCUAGAAAGGCUAGACUCAUUUGAAUGAAACACAGGGGAGGGAUGUGGGUUAAGGGGGUGAUUUCUCAGCUCUACAAUCCCCUAAAUUCUGAUUAUUCCAGGAAACAGAUCACGGACAUUCUUGACUAUAUCUUCCUUGUGUAUGUAUAGAUAUAAAAUAUUAAAAAAUCAUUUCCCUCAUCUAUAGCUUUGGAAUUGUUAUUUAUAUCUUCAAACUCAUAAGGACGAUCUAUCUUGUGUGGUGCUGUAUAUGACUUAAAGGAUGAUGGGGAAGAAGAGAUGGGUUCCUCCCUUCUAGAGGUACAGAAAAAGUGUUAUGACUACCAAUUGCAUGUAAUUUUCCCAUCAUAAAAGGCAAAAGUUUUACUAGUUUCCUAUGCUGUGUGUCACUUACCCUUUAUUAUAAUAGUGAAAUUAAAGUGGAGUUACUUCUCUGAGCAUAGACUCAUUUGGCCAAGUGUGCCUUCCAACUUUGGGGCUCCCUGCCAUUCCACCCUCUUCGUUGAUGUGUUCUUGCCUCAGUCUCUCAGAAAGCAGCUGGGGACAGGGCAUCUCGAAGUGGGAAGUGUCGGUCCCUGUUUAUGCCCGGAUGGAAAAAUAUUUUCAGGGAGCAGUUUAACUUUACUACAUGUAAAAUAUUUGGAAACUUGUGGCAGUGGCCCUAUCCUAUUUUCAUUCCAGAGCUGAGGGAGACUGAAACCAGGAAUUGAUUAAACUCCCAAGAAACCACUUAAAAUAGAGCCAAAGUAACAGUUUUUUAAAUUUUUUUGAGCCACAGCUCACCUACUCUUUCUGUUUCCCAGACAUUCCCCCCUUCCCAUGAAAAGCAAAAAAAAAAAAAAAACU